AUGGAAGAAGAGGAUUACUUGCGACGAGCAAUCGAAGAAUCUCUCAAGUCAUACCAAGCUCACGAACAAGAACAAGAAAAUGAAGGCUACGCUCGUGCAUUUGCCAGUCAUGACGAAACAGAGCAAGAAGCGAUUCAUGCUUCCCUCAUGAGCCACGCAUCCGAGCCGUCGUCGAGACUACAGCUAUGUCCCAGGAAUGAAGGAGAAGCAGAAAUCCUUGCUUCCCUGAUAAGUCAUGCUGAGACAGCAAUCCAAGCGUCCAUCAUGAGCCACGCAUCUGAAAGGUCUGCAAGAUUACAGAUGGAAAAGAUUGAAGACCGAGAAAUAGCUGCUGCAACACAGCUAUCGUUUGUGUCCAGCAAGAAGCGCAGACUCGUAGAACAAAUGAAUGAAAUAGCAACCGAGUACACUGUCGACAGGUCCGACGGCAAGCGAAUUGGUAGUUGGGAUUGUCCACUCUGCACGUUUGUAAACCAGCCUUAUGCAAACAAGUGCUCUGCAUGUGACGCCAAAGCGCCAUCACAUGUGCUAACCUUCAAUCCAUUGCCUCAAAUUCGAUUCGGUCUGGAGAUUGAAAUCGUUGUCCCUGAUGGACAUCGAGAUGGCUUCAGUUUGGAAAAGAUAGCCAGAAAACUUACAAGUAUUGGCCCUGAGAAAGUGGAAUUUCUUGGCUAUACACACGCUACGACAAGGCAUUGGAAAAUAGUCACUGACAGCAGCAUUCGAGGGAAUGACUCUGAUUUAUGCUUCGAAUUGGUUUCUCCUGUCCUGCUAGGGGACGAAGGCUUGAAUCAGCUGAGAUCUGUCAUGGAUAAUAUCCGGCGAAUCGGCGUUUCUACAAAUGCGAGUUGUGGCUUCCAUGUGCAUGUUGAUGCUGAACCAGGUAGUCCUAUAUCGAGUCUCGAGGCAAUGAAAUCUGUGUCCCGUUGCUUCGUUGCUCUUGAGAAUGCCUUCGACCUUCUUGUCUCGUUUGCAGAGAAUGAUUCACAUGGACGCAAUCGCCGUACUAACAGGAACGAAUACUGUCAAUCCAAUCGGAUGGCCUUUGGCCAGCUAUCCAACCGCCAACUAUGGAACAAGAUAUCCUCGACAAACCACAGGAAACAGCUUGUGAAGAUGAUGAAUCCAGGCUGGGAUCGCUACAGAAAACUAAAUCUGACGAACGUGACACUUCACGACCGCCCUUCGACAUAUGAGUUUCGACACCAUGGAGGAGUUCAAGAUCUUCAAGAGGCUGAAGCUUGGGUGCGGUUGAUCUUAUCCUUCUGUUUAAAUGCAACCAAACCUUGCGCUAUGCAAAAGUGCUUACUUCCAGAAGAAUCACAAGUUAAAGACGAGGUCAAGGCGUUGUUCGAUCUCGUUGAUUGUGACGGUUUGGAGCAGCUGUUCAUGGUUGAUAGGAAAUUGUUCUUGGAAGAGAGAAAUAGGAACGUUUGGAAAUGCAGAAUUUGCCAAAAGCCAUUUUCCAAUAGUCGCAGUCUAGCUCAGCAUUGUCAAGCAGUAGGUCAUUCAUAUAGUUGA